ACACUUGUGUAUUGACAUUCAUUGUGUUGUGCAAAUGUGUCCACUAUUCUGGUUGUCCAUUCCUUUUUCACAAUGCUUUCCAGCUGGGUUCAACAUGGUGGUGUUCCCAAGCUCUUUGACAGAAGAAGAGGAGUCUCUGCAGAAGAAAUAUGCCAAACUCAAGAAAAAGGUGGAAAACUCAAAGAAUCUCCUCACUCCACUUGACUAGAGAGAACUAUCCAUGUAACUGUAUCCUGCUGCUGAAAAUGAGAUGUGCCACUGUCCCACAUUUGCAGAUGUGAUCAAGAGUAGGCCUUCAUUAAAUCAACAUUCACCUGUCAGUCAUCAUCAUCACACUCAUAAUGUUGAAAGUUAGAAAUCAUUAUUAUGUUACCAAACGCCGAUUGGCCUCCUCAGUGUUUACACCUCUUAUUCUCUCUCUCUCUAUCCUCACACCUCUAGAAAAAGGCCCUGCUGGCUUUGAAGAAGCAGCAGAGUUCAACCAGCCAGACCAAUCAGAGUGGAUUGAAGCGCAGUAUGUGGCUUUGGCUUCACUUUAAUAAGUGAACUCUUUAAAACUGCAUUACCAAGCAGAUACUUGGUCUCAGUUGGUUAAGUUGCAUCUACUCUCUCCGUCCUCUAGCUUUGUCAGACCAGCCAGUGCUAGAUACAGCGACAGCUACAGAGCAGGCGAAGAUGCUGAUUAAGUCUGGGGCCAUCAGUGCCAUCAAGUCAGAGAACAAGAACUCUGGCUUCAAGCGCUCUAGAACGCUAGAGAUCAAGCUCAAGGUAAGAUACAACAUGCAUUAUGUAAGGAUGUGUAAUGUAGUAGUAGGAAUUUAUCAUAGAAUAAAUAAUUGAUAUAAUUAUGUAUAUACAUUAAUAAUAAUAAUAUAUAUAAAGCUUACAGGUGCAAAUGCCUUUUAAAUCUGACACAUACACUAGUCUGAUGGAACUAAAAUGUAUAAAUGUAGGUUCCAGUAAUGAUUUGUUACAUUUUCUUUCUGUUUACCAGGAUCCAGAGAAAGUCCCUGGCCCUGUGGCUUUCCAACCAUUCCAAAGGAGCAUGUCCACUGAUGAUGAGCUUUCUGAGGUAAAGUGAGAAUAACAUGACAUCCCAUUUAAAAUCGUUCAAUGAAUUGAUGUACUUUACCUACAAAAUGGCAUACUUUUACAGUAUUUUACCAAUACUGUCUGCCUGUAUUGUGGACACAGAAUCAGUGACUUUGAAAAAAUAUGUUCUUGAGAAUAUAUAACUGAUGCUGCUACUUUAAAUUUUAAAUUUCUACUUCAGGCUGGCAAAAGAGCCCACAGAAAAUCUCUGUAUGAGAGGUAAGCCUAAAAGCUCUGAUGAAUAAUAGAGUAGGUCAUGUUUUAUACACUUGUUCUCUGUAUAAGGUGGUUUAACAUCUCUCCCUCUGUGGCUCUCCAACAGCUUCGUCACUCCAGGUGACCGGGCGGCUCGAGACGAGGAUGAGGGAGGUGGCCUGUCCACCAGCAAAGACAUAGAGCGAGAGAGAGACAGAGGAGACCGAGAGAUGGACAGAGAGAGAGAGCGCGACCGAGAGAGAGACCGGGGCAGCGGCGACCGGGGCAGGGACAGAGAGCUGCGAGAUCGCGAGAGGACCGAGAGAGACAGGAGCCGGGACGGAGAGCGUGACCAGGAAAGGGGAGGAGACAGAGAGUCACGUGAGCGAGACGGACCAUUCAGACGUGAAUAUUAUUUUAAUGAACUUCUGUCUUUCAUGUCUUUAAUCACUGGCAUUCUUAAAAAGGAUGUUCCCACUCAAAAAGUUCAAGGAGCGAAUAAUGGAACUUUUUUCUUCCCCCUUAUCGCUCUCUCCCUUUCCCUUUCAGGAUCAGACUCGUACCCGGAGCGGAGGGGGGUGAGGAAGGGGAACACGGUGUACGUUUAUGGAACUGGCCUUGUGGAGGACAGCCUGCGCUCAGCCUUCUCCCAACACGGCACCAUCAUUGACCUAUCCAUGGACUCCCAACGCAAGUAGGGCUACAUAACUACAAUGUUGUUGAGAUGUUAUGUCCAUGUGGCAGUGUGUGAUUGUUUCAGUGUUUUAAAAUGUUUUGCAAUUGAAAACUAGUCCAGUAAUUCCCUUACUGUUUUGUUGUUUGGUGGCUAAUGAACACAACCCUGUAUUUCUCUUUCUAGCUGUGCAUUCAUCACCUUUGAAAAGAUGGAGUCUGCAGACCAGGCUGUAGCGGAGGUAAGUACAGUACCAGUCAAAAGUUUGGACACACCUACUCAUUCAAGGGUUUUUAUUUAUUUUUACUAUUUUCUACAUUGUAGAAUAAUAGCGAAGACAUCGACACUAUGAAAUAACACAAAUUGAAUUAUGUAGUAACCAAAAAAGUGUUCAACAGAUUCUUCAAAUAGCCACCCUUUGCCUUGAUGACAGCUUUGCACACUCUUGGCAUUCUCUCAACCAGUUUCACCUGGAAUGCUUUUCCAACAGUCUUGAAGGAGUUCCCACAUAUGCUGAGCACUUGUUGGCUGCUUUUCUUUCACUCUGCCGUCCGACUCAUCCCAAACCAUCUCAAUUUGGACUCCAGACCAAAGGACACAUUUCCACUGGUCUAAUGUCAAUUGCUCGUGUUUAAUGGCCCAAGCAGGUCUCUUCUUCUAAUUUGUGUCGUUAGUAGUUGUUUCUUUGCAGCAAUUCGACCAUGAAGGCCUGAUUCACACAGUCUCCUCUGAACAGUUGAUUUUGAGAUGUCUGUGACUUGACCUCUGUGAAGCAUUUAUUUGGGCUGCAAUUUCUGAGGCUGGUAACUCUAAUGAACUUAUCCUCUGCAGCGGAGGUAACUCUGGGUCUUCCAUUCCUGUGGCAGUCCUCAUGAGAGCCAGUUUCAUCAUAGCACUUGAUGUUUUUUGCCACUGCACUUGAAGAAACUUUCAAAGAUCUUGAAAUGUUCCGUAUUGACUGACCUUCAUGUCUUAAAGUAAUGAUGGUCUGUUUCUCUUUGCUUAUUUGAGCUGUUCUUGCCAUAAUAUGGACUUGGUCUUUUACCAAAUAAGGCUAUCUUCUGUAUACCUUGUCACAACACAACUGAUUGGCUCAAAUGCAUUAAGAAGGAAAGGAAUUCCACAAAUUAACUUUUAAGAAGGCACACCUGUUAAUUGGAAGGCAUUACAGGUGACUACCUCAUGAAGCUGGUUGAGAGAAUGCCAAGAGUGUGCAAAGCUGUCAUCAAGGCAAAGGGUGGCUAUUUGAAGAAUCUCAAAUAUAAAAUAUAUUUUGAUUUGUUUAACACUUUUUUGGUUACUACAUGAUUCCAUAUGUGUUAUUUCAUAGUUUUGAUGUCUUCACUAUUAUUCUACAAUGUAAAAAUAAAGAAAAACCCUGGAAUGAGUAGGCGUGUACAAACCUUUGACUAGUAGUGUAUGCUCUAGCUCCCUCUCCCAACUUAAGUCAUUAUAGUGUAAACCUAUAAUCCAUACACUCUUCUUCUCCCAGUUGAAUGGAAGCUCAGUGGGAGAUGUCCCCAUAAAAGUCAGCAUUGCCAGGAAGCAGCCCAUGCUGGAGGCAGCCACCGGCAAAUCUGUCUGGGCCACUCUGGGUAAAUAUCACAGUGAAACACAGAUCGGACUAACAAGCAGUGCGACAGUGUCAACUCUGGAUUCAUGUAUUCUUUCUCUCCCUGUCUUUCGCUCACAGCUGUGCAGAACAGUGCCAAAGGCUCCUACCGAGACAAGAGGAACCAGGUUGUGUACAGUGAGGAUUUCCUAUGAGCUAGGAGGUGUGCCGCGUUGGAUAUCUGUAAGGAGUAGAAUCAAUGAUUUAGUGUUAGCUUUGUUUGUAUGCUUUUUCUAUAUUGCAUUUUGAGUUUGUUGUUGAUUGCCUGUUAGCCCGAUGUAGCACCACGUGUCAGUUGUUCUGAGUAGAUACUACAUUUCUAAUCAUGGCCAGGAUGUGUAAUGGCAAUGACCACGUGAACAGAGAUUGUGGUGGUUUGCUUGGUCUUGCUCUUGUAACCAGGGGUUUCAUUGUUUUGGGGUGCUCAAUAAAUCACAUCAAUACAUUUG